AUGUUUGUUGAUGACAAAAGGAUGGGUUUCCAUGUAAUUAAGCAGCUGAGAGGCAUGAGUGUGGUGUUAGUGCUGCUUCCUAUGGUGCUGCUUGUGACGCUUACGGGGGCUCAGCGAGCUUGCCCCAAGAACUGCAGAUGCGAUGGCAAGAUCGUGUACUGCGAGUCUCACGCGUUCAGAGACAUCCCUCAGAACAUUUCUGGCGGGUCUCAAGGCUUAUCUUUACGGUACAACAGCAUUCAGAAGCUGAAAUCAAAUCAGUUUGCGGGCCUGAAUCAGCUCAUAUGGCUUUAUCUUGACCACAAUUACAUCAGCUCCGUGGAUGAGGAUGCGUUUCAGGGCAUCCGCAGGCUGAAGGAAUUAAUUCUAAGCUCCAACAAAAUCACUCAUCUGCACAACAAAACGUUUCACCCCGUCCCCAACCUCCGCAACCUGGACCUGUCUUACAACAAGUUGCAGGUGUUGCAGUCUGAGCAGUUCAAGGGCCUCCGUAAACUCUUGAUCUUACAUUUGAGGUCGAACUCGCUGAAAACGGUGCCCAUCCGAGUGUUCCAAGACUGCAGGAACCUCGACUUCCUGGAUUUGGGCUACAACCGCCUGCGGAGCUUAUCCCGUAAUGCCUUCGCUGGCCUUUUGAAGUUGACAGAGCUUCACUUGGAGCACAACCAGUUUUCUAAGAUCAAUUUUGCCCACUUUCCACGCCUCUUCAACCUUCGCUCGAUUUACUUGCAGUGGAAUAGGAUCCGGUCUAUUAGCCAAGGGUUAACGUGGACUUGGAGUUCUUUGCACAACUUGGAUUUAUCAGGAAAUGACAUUACAGGGAUAGAGCCUGGGACGUUCCAGUGCCUCCCCAACCUGCAAAAGCUCAACCUGGAUUCCAACAAACUCACCAACAUCUCUCAGGAGACCAUCAAUACAUGGAUCUCGCUCAUCUCCAUCACUCUGUCUGGAAACAUGUGGGAAUGUACACGAAGCAUUUGCCCUCUGUUUACUUGGCUUAAGAAUUUCAAGGGAAAUAAAGAAAGCACUAUGAUAUGUGCAGGCCCUAAACACAUCCAGGGUGAAAAAGUGAGCGAUGCCGUGGAAACAUAUAAUAUCUGUGCCGAAAUCCCCGUGGUGGUUACUGAAAGAUCAUACCAGGCACCCAAAACCCCCCAGAGACCUGUCAUCAUUCCUAAACCUACCGUUUCCAAACUUGAAAGCAAUCAGCCGACAUCUGUUACUCCUAGUCCUUCGGCAGACCUGCCAACACCUGGAGUGGAACCGGAGUACGAGCACGUUUCCUUUCACAAGAUCAUCGCCGGGAGCGUGGCUCUCUUUCUGUCCGUGGCCAUGAUUUUGUUGGUUAUCUACGUGUCGUGGAAGCGUUACCCAGCCAGCAUGAAACAGCUCCAGCAGCACUCGCUCAUGAAGAGGCGCAGGAAAAAGGCCCGAGAGUCUGAAAGGCAAAUGAACUCCCCGUUACAGGAGUAUUACGUGGACUACAAGCCAACAAACUCUGAGACCAUGGAUGUAUCGGUUAAUGGAUCUGGGCCCUGCACCUAUACCAUCUCUGGCUCCAGGGAAUGUGAGGUUCCUCACCACAUGAAGACUUUACCCUACUACAGUUACGACCAACCGGUGAUCGGAUACUGCCAAGCUCAUAAGCCUCUCCACGUAAACAAGGGGUACGAUACCAUGUCCCGGGAGCAGGCUGAGACAACCAACCUGGAACUCAGUCGAGACCACAGCUUCAUAGCUACAAUCGCACGCUCGGCUGCUCCAGCCAUUUACAUUGAGAGAAUACCAAACUAA